AUGGGAUUAAAUGGCAGUGUGGGCAAGGAAAUCAGAGGAUUUUGGAGACAAAAAGGAAGUUGGGGUGGGGGGAAGAGAGAGAACAGAAUAGCUUUGAAGCGACACAAAUGUGUUUGGACGGGAGGGAUUUUCAAACAUGAAAAUGAAAAUGGGAUGAGGUAAGAAGUUCUUUUGCAAACAGAAACCUCACUACCUAUUGAAAGUCAAAUUAUCCAGUCUUACAGGGGUGGUGGAAGCCUAGGUUAGUGCUGGAAUCUCUCGCCCCAUUUUCAAUAUAUUUCCACAGAUCACUUGAGUGAGGGGUGAAAGGAAGUUGUUACACAGCAUGUAACAGUUGUAAUAAAUUUACUGGACUUUUACUCUGAUGUUUGAGGGCAGGGGUCAUUUAUAGCGCAAUCUUAACCAUGUCUACUCAGAAGUAAGCCCCCCUGAGGACACAUCCAAAUUCAGAUGUUUUUGAGGGGGUAGGACUAGAUGACCCUCAAGGUCCCUUCCAACUCUACAAUUAUAUAAUUCUAACUGCAUCCUGGGAAAUUUAAGUUUGUGCAAUUAAAGUGGAUUUAAGUGUUCUGUCUUCCUAGCGCAACAAACCCACUUCAAAAAAGAAAGGGACUUUUUUGAGGUUAGAAAAGUGAAAUGCAUUGAACUGUAUGGAAUGAACAAAUGAUUAAUGGGAACACAUACAAACACCCCACAAGCAAAUCAGGAUGAAUACUCCUGGUUGCAUAACGUCUUCACAAACAAAUCAUUGCAAGUGCUCCACAAAGACUAGAUGCUGUCUAAGCUCUGUGUAAGCUUUGGACAAGCAAAUCAGGACAAAUGCUCAAUAAAUAGGUUGCCUGGAGGAGCCCCGAAUUCAAUGGUACUUGGGAAUAAGUACGUGGGGUUAGGAAUGCAGCCUCACACAUUGUUUCAGUUCCUUGCCCCUUUCUCAUUGAUUCUCAGUGAACUGCAGCUCCUGCUUUAAAAAUGAAUAAAGACACUGAGCCAGGGGAGGGAUGAACUCACAACUACAGCAUUGCACCCUUCCAUAGAGCCAUAAAGCAGUUCCAUCAUUGGAUCACCUGUCUGUGCAAUUCUAGCUGCUGGCUCUCUGGCCUUCAUGAGAAUGGAAGGCGAAUAUUGCAAAAGCUCUGUGGAGGACACCAGAGGUCCACCUCAUCUAGCAUCUUGCUUCACAUUGCCAUCCAAGGAAAACUUCUUGUCUCAAAUUCUGUCUUGCAAAUGAAGCUGAAAUGCACAGUUUCACCUGCCCGUACAAUUGCCCCUGAAAGACCAAUGGAAUACAUUUGUGCAGAGGAUGGUGGGCAAGCUGUUUCUGGCUCAUGCAUGCACAAUGAGAAUAAACAAGGUUUGACAAGAAAACCUUUUGCAUCUGCAUGACUGACUAUGCAGACUCUGGAUGUUUUUCAUCUGACGAUAUCGUAUCUUCAGAUCAUUCAUGCAGACCAUGGAACUCUUCUGUCCCUCUUUGAAAAAAGCCACAGAUCUGGAGUCCCAACUAGCCCUAAGAAUGGAAUAAAUUACAGAAGAGCAUUUAACUGUGAACCUUUAAGAACAGUGCUAAAGAGACAUAAGUUGUUCUCGUUUUGAAAACAAUGAAUAGCUUUAAUUCUCAUGGACCAUAGUGACCAGCCUUCCAGGAUUUAACAUUCCCAUCCCCCCCCCCCCCCCCCGUGAUAGUGAUAAGCUAAUGAAAAUCAUGCUGGAGUUAAGCUUGUCCAGUGUAGAAGAUCUGGGAAGAAAGAACAGAGACAUCUCACUUUUCCUUUCGUCUUGAAGGACACAGGUAUCCCAUCUCUGACUUAGGAUGUGAACAAACGCACAAAAUAACAAGCCGGAAUUUUUCCAUUAACUAAAAUAAAUGCUGGUGUGUUCAUGCACACGAUCAUGAGCAUUGCUUAUUUAAAUUGCAAUUCAUGUUUUAGCAAUCGCCAUGCUAGACUAUUGCAGCACUCUACAAGGGGCUUUGAAAAACAUCUCGAAAUGCCUUGCUCCACAAUACCAGAUUUUUGUCUGGAGUCGGUUGCACGAAGCAUACAAUUUCAGUACUAACAGACAUACAGGGGCUAUGCAUUUGAUUCUGGAUUCAGUUCAAGUUGCAGAUUCUGACAUUUAGAAUUCUGAACAGCUUUGGGCACGGAUGCCAAAAAGAUACCAUCUCCUGCAUGUUCCCUCCCAUGUACUCUGUUCAGCUUCUAAUGUUCUAUGUAAGACUAACCCACUGACUGAGGUUUGGUAGGUGAGAAGAACACACAGGACUUUUUCAGUUGUAUAAUAUUCUCCCCCAGGAAGCCCAGCUAGCUUCAUCUUCAGUUUUUGCCUCAUCAAGAUCUGUCUCUUUUAGAAUGCAUUUGAAGGAAGUUGAGAUUGCUGUUAGAUUUAUUUAAUGUUGCUUUGAUAGGGACCAGUCCCUGUCCCCCCCAGUGAUGCUUAUUAGAGCUUUAAAUUCUUGCAAAAAAACACAGGAUAAUAUUUUAAAUACAUAUGUAAAUGAAUGCUAAUGUAAGGCAGCUUUCCCCAACUUGCUGCCAUCCAGAUGUUUGGACUACAACUCCCAUAAGGCCACACUUUGUAGUUCUAAACAUCUGGAUGGCACCAAUUUGGGUGAGGCUGCCAAAAGGAGCUUGAAGCCACAGCAACAGCAAACUAUGCAUUUAUCAUAAUCUUUACAAAUGCUUUUAAAAAUAAAUAUCCGGGCAGAAAGAACAGCAGAAAACAACUGCCUUGGCACUGCUCCAUGACCAGGAGAAGGUAAUUCGGAACCAGUAAAUCCAGGGGGAAAUUCAGGAGGAGGGAAAUUUAGACGUUUCCCUAGAACAGUUUAUCUUCUCUAUAGAUUAAAAACUAUAAUUAACACAAUGCAUGAUUAACUCAUGGCAUUUAGUGCCAAUUAAUGUUGUGAAGGUUACUGGGAUAAUUUUUUUAAAGGAUUAGAGAAAUGAAUGAGGAAUAGGUUUAUCCACAGCUAUUAUUAGACUUGACGAGAGUUGUUACGAGACUCCUAUUUCCCUACCAGAGCUGGUUUGAUGAGGCCAUUUCCCUUCGCCAGGGAAAUGGAGUUGCGGGCUAGUCACAAGCUCGCCUCGUGCGCUGGGGGCGUGGCUAGCCCCCGCACCAUAGGGAGUCCCCGGCUGCGUCACUCCUUAGGCUGACCAAUCAGGUCGGCCAGGGGGAAGUGGAGGGCUCCAUUUAAGCAGCCUGCGGCUGGGAAUUCACCCCUUUUCUGGUUCCCGUUCACACAGUUCUCCCUCCCUCCCUCCCUAUGGUUAGGCUCUUAAUCCUUUGACCUUGCUAUGGACCUCGGUUGGUUGCCUGUUGAAGGGGCCUGGUAGGAAUUUUUUUCUACUUGGAAAAUUGGCACCAGCCACUUGGUUUUUCGCCUACCUCGUAGCAAAUUGUCACAACUUUAUAAGGUUUGGCGGUUAGGCAUUGGAGUAUUCGGUUGGAGGUGAGGUGAGGUAGUGGAAAUACUCCUAUUUCAAGGGUAUUCUGUUAAAGGAAUUGGAGGGUGUGUGUCCUCUGUCCGAAGCCCAGAUAGGGGCCAGGGUCAUGGGACGACCCCAUCAGUGACCCUGGGGGAGUUCCUAGUUGAUGUGCAUCAACAGGGCUCCCCCUACUGGUGAUUACCCUUCUGAGAUAUGGUCAGAUAUGGUCGUUUUGGUUCCAAUGCCUAAGCCAAUACCAGUCACAUUCUGUAACCAAUACAGUUGUGGCCGUUUUUUAGCCCAUUAACCUUAAAUACUGGUGUCUAGUGUCUUUAUUCCAACAGUAUGGGAGGGUUUGGGGCCUUGCCAUGCAAUCAAUUCCUCUCCAAAGGGAACUCUGUGAAUUGUAGCUCUGUGUUCUCUUCUCCACAUCCAGACACAAGCAGCACAGAAUAUAUCUCUUUUGCCCUGUGGGUUCAAGGAAGCCAAAGAAAAGCAUUCCAAAAUGCUAGAUUCCUAAGUGGGAGAAAUAUAGGAAAUAGAGGAAACUGUCUUCUAUUUGCUCGGCACACUGGUCUCCCUAGCUCAGUAUUUGUCUACAUUGUUUGGUAUCAGCUGACCCAGGUUUCAGAUACGGUCUCUCCAACUCCUUCCUGGAGAUGCACCACCACUGAGGAUUACUCACAAAAUAAGUAAUCCAGUGGUAGAGCCCAUGCUUUGCAUGCAGAAGGCCCCUAGUUCAUGUCAGGAGUUCAGCCUACACUCGAGUAGGACCCUGGCAGAGACACAUGCCCGACUGGCAUGUUCUCUCCCUCCUGGUCAAUCAUUUGGGAUCUUCAUAAGCUUUCUUCUGCCUGAACAUCAGAGCGACCGAUGCCAACCGACACCGGCACACUUAGGGAUCCGCAGAGUUCGCGCAUCAUGCGCGUGACAGACCUCAGCAACUCAGCAUGUUGGCUAAUCUACUUUAUUUACACAUAAACAUACGGAGCACUGCAACAUGGCUCCCUCCCUAGCAUCAGACAGCAAAGAGAAAAAGAACAAAGGACAAUAGUCCCACUUCAUGGAACACAGUAACACAAACAUCCUGUUUCCGUCACUUCCCACUCUGUGGAGUCAAAACAUAUACCGUCAUGUGAAAGACAACAAUCCCAUAACUGCAGUCAUGGAGCAGGAAUUCUAACAGUUCAAUCCUUGGCAUUUCUGGUUCAAAGGAGCUGACGUAGCAGACGCUGAGAAAUUUCCACCACCUUGGAAAUUUAUUGCCACUCAGAACAGAUGAUAUGGGCCGAGAUGGAAUGAAGGUCUUACUUGGUAUACGACAGCUUCAUAAUUGGCAAUGACUACAUUUGGAUAUGCAAACCAAUGGACUGUGUGGCACGGGAAAUGGUCUUGAAUCUCCUUUGCACCCUGUUUUCUUGUUCCGAACCUGUUUCUGCUUCCUGGCAGGAAGUUGUUUCUAGCUGCUUUCAUUCCGUUCUGCGUUUCAGAGUUGAAACAGACAUCUGAAUAAAGCCAAGGCGAGGGCGUGAGGAACAUGCUCCUGCAGCUGUUUCUGCUUAUCACCUUUAAUCUUGAAUGCACUUCAGAACGUGUGCUUCCUAUGGAGGAGGAGGAGAAGGGAGAUCUAUUUUUGCUUGAUCUGAAUAUGAAAGUAAUUUGUUGCCAUAGUAAUAUCUUUCCAUCCUCAGUGGUGUGAAUGUGAUAGUUGCUUCAGGACGGGGGCAAAAUGCAGCCAACCUUACGCUACAUGGGAAGCAUCAUGCUCCACUAACCUUUUCAGCUGACAGCUCUAUUUACCAAGUUGUUAAGGAGGCCGUAGUUGUACUUGAGCUACUUCUGGGCUUCUGGUACAUGACCCUGGGGUUGAGGCCAGCCCUGAUUCUCCCUAAAAUGGGCAUUCAUUUCUGCCUGUCCUCUUCUAGGCGUCUCCCCACCCCCACCAACCUUUACCAUGGGAGAUAUAGGCAGGUUUGUCUCAUGCAAUCUGGGUUUUCUAGAAAAAGCUCGGCAGUGUCUUUCCUAAUCCCAGCUUCUCCAAAACAAGCAAUAUUUGCACAGAAGCAGUAGUGCAUGAAGAAAGAGGGAGAAAUUUGAUCCACUUUGCAUUUAAAGGUGAUCCAAAUUUGCACUUUCUGACACAAUAUGUGUUGCAUUUCAUCCAGGGCACCUUAAUUAUUGGGUGCCUAAGAACUACUGUAAAGAAAUAAAUAGCUAUUUGAUAAUUGGUUGCCUAAGGGCUGAUUUGUUAUUCUAAGUAGUUCAGGGCCCAGUCACAUGACUGCUUCAGCUUGUUGAAAAUGCUCCUCCUCCUCCUUCUUUUUCACCCAAAGGUCCCAAUAUGGGUUACAACAUUAAACUGCAGUAUUAAAACAGUUUAAACAAACCUACAAUCAUAGAAAUAAGUUGAAUCCUCAAAUGUCAAAAGCCAUGGUUAAGAGGUGUGUCUCCAGCAUUUGUCAGAAGCUGUAUCAUGAGUUUUUGCAGUUUCGAAGGUGAUGGGGAAAUGCACUAAAAAGUACAGAAUAAGUGAUUGACAGGAAGACCUCUGCACCAGCAAAUCAAGAUGAAUGCUCAUUGAUAUAUAUAGCCUUCCCAGAAAACAAAGGAUGCUCAGUAAAAAGCAGGAAUCAUGUAACCUCCACAUAAACCUUGUGCAAGCAAAUCAAGAUGAAUGCUCAUUGAUAUUUAACCUCCCUGCAAACAAAUUUGAAUGUAUGCUUAGUAAAGAACGGGCAAUGUAUAACUUUAUGCAAGCAAAUCAGGAUGAAUGCUCAGUAAACAAGUUGUCUGGAAGAGCCCUUAGGUCAGGCUCUAUGAGCUAGACCAGGCCACAACCCUCGCCUUAACCCAGUUAUGUAUCAUGUUUCAAUAAGACCAAUAAAUAAAUAAAUAAAUUAUGGCACUGCAAAGUUACCCUCCACCACCUCCCCACUCCCCACUCCCUCACCCCAAACAAACAGGGCAGGAGGCUAAACUCAAAACAUUAGCUGGUUAUCAAUAUAAAAGCAGUCUAAGCAAUAAUCCUGCAUAGUAUAAUCAUUGGUUCUAGAAUGCGUGCUCAUUUCCCCUUGUAUUUUGUCUUGCUGAAAUGACAACUUCGAAGAAGCAACUGCACUGUUGGUGAAAGGAAGGGGUCUUGAUUAAUGGUGACAAUUGUCAGGAGCUGAACAACAACCACAAUUGGUUUUCUUUUUUAAAGGCAUCAAGAUGAAGACUGACUCCCGAAAUUAUGUCUCAGGGGAGUGUAGCAAAGACAGUGUCUGACUGCUGAAUGUGCAAGCACAUAGUCUCUGGAAUGGAAUUCUCGCCUCAAGGGUAGACAUGGAAGUCAAUGGGGUUGCACCACUUA